AUUUUGGAAUGAGAUGUUUGACGAGCAGGUAUCCACAUACUUUUGGUCAUGUAGUGUAGUUUUAUUUACAAGUUGAACUAGCUAGCUACACUACAAGUAAAUCCGCUCUCUUGACCAUAGUUUAUUGUCUGGAUACGGGUGGAACUAAAAAUAGGGACUUGAAGUACAUCGGACAUAAACAACAAGCACACAUUUAACGCGUACAUUUUUUAAACAAAAUGAGUGAAAGAAGCACCGAUUUCUUUUGAGAUAUUUUGAAUGACAGUUGUUAUUUGAAAUGUCUGAGCUGGCAUUGGAUGAAAUGUCCGUUUUAUCAGCAAUAUACUGUGAAAAGGACGAAUUUGAGCUACUUGAGAAAUCAGCAGAAAAGGGACUUGUAUUCCGCAUCCAGAUUGAGGUGGAAGCAGCCACCAGUGAGAGAACUCUUUUGAGUCUCCUCUUCCAGCUGCCAACAGAGUACCCCCACUGUGUCCCAAAAAUAAGUGUCAGCUCUAAACAGCUCUCCAGGAAACAAUGCCAACACAUCAAGCAGAGUCUGCUGGAAAAGGCCUCCGCACUGGAGCCAGACCCCAUGGUUCAUGAACUACUGCUGUGGCUCCAACAGAACUUCACUGAACUUACUUUAAAUGACCAGUCCCUGGUGGAGGUGCAAGAGGAGGUUGGUGAGGAGGAGACGUGGAUAGCUCUUUUUCUAAUAGACCAUAUGAGGUCCAAAACAAAAUAUAUAAAGGCAAUUGAAAAGUGGAGCUCGGAUUUGGGGCUCACCGGAAGGCUGUUCUUGGGGAAGUUGAUACUGGUCCUUCUGCAAGGCGCAAGGAGGAGUAUCAAGGAAUACAUCCAUCUCCAGAGAACUGUGAAAGUAGAUGUGGAUUCAUCAGGAAAGAGAUGCAAAGAGAAGAUGAUGAGAGUUCUUUGCGAAACCCAAGUCUCAGACCUCAAACGGAUCUCAUCUUUUGAAAUCAAAGAGUUUUUGUCCCUCGAGGAGCUACAAAGGGAGUUUGAGCAAGUUGGACUAUUGAAACUGUACCAAGAGUUUGUGGCCACAUUGCCGUAGCCAUCAUGGCUUUUGUCAAGUCAUGCUUUUCCAGACUGGUGCAGAUUAUGUGAACUUUAUACUUUCCAUAUGACAGUCAACGGAAGGACUAAUCUAAACAUCUGAUUAACAUUCAGUUAUGGGUUACAUUUGUGCAUUGAACAUGAAAAAAGGUAUUCAAAAGGUUUUUCUAUCAUCCACAUGAUGGCAGCAAAGUCUACCAUUUGAAUCAAAGAUUUGUAAAGUUGUUAGUUUAUUAAAAACAUUUUUUUAAAUUGUCACACACUGGAUAGGUGCUUUGAAAUGUGUUGUUAUACAGGGUCAGCCAUAGUUGCAUGGCACCCCAGGAGCAAAUUACUGUGAAGUGCUUUGCUCAACAGCACAUCGAUAGGUUUUUCACCUUGCCAACUCAGGUAUCCACUUAAGCUCUUCCCUAGUUGAAAAGUUGUGCCUUGCUUUCUACUCCUGAAAGAUUUGUUCCUCCUUGUACCUCUUCAUCAGAUGAAAUACAUGAAGGUUAAGGUCAUAUAGAAAAACUUCUAUAAAGUGGUCCACAAAUCUCUGAUGUUACAUGAAAGUUGCAUCAUAGGACUUAGCUUCGGAUUGCGUAUAGGAUGUUGUGUACAGAUGCGUAUCGUUCCGAUGCCUAGCGUCUGAAAUUAAUAACAGCCAUACAGUUUUAGCCUCGCAUUCGGAAAGUAUUCAGAUCCCUUGACUUUUUCCACAAUUUUGUUACGUUACAGAUUUGUUCUAAAAUGUAUUAAAAAUAAAAAUUUCUACAUAGAAUGCC